AUGACCACGACGACCUACCCUGAAGGCAACACGACCACGACGACCUCUCCUGAAGGCCGACACAACACGACCUCUCCUGAAGGCAAUACGACCUUCCCUGAAGGCAACACGACAACGACGACCUCUCCUGAAACGACCACGACCUCUCCUGAAGGCAACAUAUCCAACCUCUCUGAAGGAAAUGUGACCUCUCCUGAAGGCAACACGACCACGACGGCCUCUCCUGAAACAAAUAUGACCACGACGACCUCUCCUGAAGGCAACAUGACGACGACCUCUCCUGAAGGUAACACGACCACGACGACCUCUCCUGAAGGCAAUACGACCUCUCCUGAAGGUAACAUGACCACGACGACCUCUCCUGAAGGCAAUACGACCUCUCCUGAAGGUAACAUGACCACGACGACCUCUCCUGAAGGUAACAUGACUACGACAACCUCUCCUGAAGGCAAAACGACCUCUCCUGAAGGUAACAUGACUACGACAACCUCUCCUGAAGGCAAUACGACCUCUCCUGAAGGCAACAUGACUACGACAACCUCUCCUGAAGGCAACACGACCUCUCCUGAAGGCAACACGACGACGACCUCUCCUGAAGGUAACAUGACCACGACGACCUCUCCUGAAGGACGACUGAAAGGACGACCACCUCUCUACGACUUCCUGAAGGUAAAUGACUACGCUACACGACCUCUCCUGAAGGGACCACGACGACCUCUCUGA